GAGGAGUAAAACUCUGAGAGCCACACUCCACGGGUUCAGUGCAGCCUCUUGAAUCCAAAUCAAGCCCAAAGCUGGGAAUCGGGCACCCCAAAAAGCGGGAUCUGAAACCUGUUGCAAACUUCAGGACUAAGGCGAGUCUGGAGAGCCCCGCUCAGCACGUGGUUCCCAGAAACUUCGAAAGGUCUCGCAGCCUGACUCCGGGCUCUAAGAGAAUAAGAGGAAAUCGGGAAGAUUUCAGCACCGCUCCAAAGCCCAGCCCCGGCCGGGGGUGGGGAGGAAGGGGCGCGACCAGCUGCGACCACAGUGAGUGUUCGGGGACGCUUAGCUGCCUGUGCUGGACGUGGGCCAGGUUCGCUAGGAUUGAAAGGGUUCAGGAAACCCGCCCGGAGGGCACGUGGAGCGGGACGCCGGCCGAGAGCAUGAGCAUCAGAGUGGUAUCACCCCGACUUUGGGGGGUAUACUGAGGCCUGGGGGCCGCAGCCGUUAUUGCUGUUCCACCUGUCACUUCGGACAGUGGGGAGCGAAGGGCAGAGGCGCCAGAGUUGACAGCUCCGUGCUCUGACCACCCCUCCCCGCCCCCUUUCCAGUUCCGCUCCCCGCCCCAAACGGCGCCGUUCCCCUUUUAAAGAAGCGCCCGGGGCUCCCAUCUUCUCCGCGCCAGUUCGCGCGGGGCUGCAGCGACGUUGCCCUUUUAAGAACCAGCCUCCUUUAACUCUCUCCUAACGGGGCGUCCCGGAGGGGCUUGCUGCGCCCAACACAAGCCCGCCUCCCCUCGCGGCACUUCCGGACCCCGGCGUCGCCCUUUUAAGAGGCAGCCCCCAGCAGCGCUCCCCCCGCCCCCUGUUGCCGGCGCGCGAGGUGGGGGAGCCGGGCUGGAGCGGAGCGCGCCGUCCGCGCGGCCACUGGAGACCGGGCGGCCGGCGGCCGAGCAGGCGGCGGCGGCGGAUGGGGACGCGGAGCCGGGCGGCUGUGGCGGCUGUGGCUGUGGCGGCGGCAGGGAAGCAGCUGACGGGCCGGCGGCGGCGGCGGCGCUGGCGGCAGUGACUGGUCCAGGCCCCGGCGGCGGCUGCAGCGACGCGGUGGAGGGCUGCGGGCGAGCGGCGUGAGGAGCGGCGGAGGAGCGCGGAGCUGCCGAGAGCCGGGGGCGCCGGGCCGCCCCUUGUCCAGUCCUCGCAGGCCGCCAGGCCCCCUCCAGCCGGGGCCGUGGAGCACCGGGGCAAAGGCCGGGGCCCCCCCAUGAAGGAGCGCGACGCGGCCCCGGCCGAGCGGGGCAAGCCGGCCACCUACACCGGGGACAAGAAGGCGAAGAUGGCGGCCAAGACCAACAAGAAGUGGGUCCGGCUCGCCACCGUGUUUGCCUACGUGCUCUCCGUGUCGCUGGCCGCCAUCGUGCUCGCCGUCUACUACAGCCUCAUCUGGCAGCCGGUGGGCGCCGGGACCUCGGGGGGAGCCGCCGGCCCGCCCCCCGGCGGCUCCAACGCCACCGGCCCGUCCGGGACUUCGGGGGCGGCGGCCGGGCCCAAUGCCACAGGGUCGUCCCGCCGCGAGGCACCGCGCGACGCGCCCCCGCUGCAGGCGGCGCGGCCCAUGCCUCCGGAGCCCUCUGCAGACAGUCCCCCGGCCGGGCCGCUGGAGCGGCCGCGGGGACCGGAGGAGGACGAGGAGGAAGCGGCGGCGGCGCCCGGGAGUCGUUGAGCCCCUCCGCGCCAGGGGCGGCCGGGAACCAUUCUCCCCUCCCCACGCCCGGAGGCAGGACUUUGCAGCAGGACGGGGCGGGGAGCCCGCGGGAGUGACCCCCACGGGAGUGAACGCCCUCUCUCCCCGCAACGAUCGCCACCUCGCCCGGGGAGCCAGGGGCCUGCAUCCCGAUCUUCAAGCCAAGGGACCACGAUUCGCCGGGGGCUCGGGGUUUGGUCUUCCCAGGACCGUGCUGCGCCAGGGCUCUGAGCCAUAAAGGGAAUGGGGGGAGGGGUGGGGAGAUCCCAGCUCCGAACCCUUUUUCGCCGCUAGCUCUUGUGUAUCCUACUGCAGGAGUGACUCGGGCUUUCCCCCAAGACUCAGGGGAAGGAGGGAGCUGUAGGGGCUCUUCUUUAAUAAGCUGAAGCUCUCACAAGGAGGAGGGCACCAAAAGUAGUGGAGCUCAGUGCCCCCACGGAAGAGGCUUCCUGUUGCGGCCCUAAGUAUCUGGAUAUGGGCCAGGGAAGAAGGAAGGGAAAGAGCAAUGCCUCUGUGCUUCAAUCCUUGGCCUUCUCCUCACAGAGUUCUUUUAGGAAGAGCAAGCUUUUGUAAGUAGAGUGGCUCACAAGUGUUUUUAUUUUAUUUUCUGCUCCUCAAGAUCUUGUCUUGUUCCAGUAAUCACCCUUGCCUUCUUCCCUCUUUGCUGAGCCUGUGACAAUGUAGCCCUGCAAUUAGGGCCAAGUUUGUUGUGAAACCAGAGCGUUGAGCACGUUGUCUGGUUUUGACUUGUAUUAUAGAACCAGAAAGGCUAAAAAGUGAGCUUCAAACUCAGGAUUGUGCUUUGAUAGCCGGUUAAUAGACCAGCCGUGGGAAGGUUCCAUUGGCUUGUCUUUACGUCUCCUGAUAAACCUACUUAUUUGCAGCCUAUACUUUGAGAUGAAAAACACCAAGAGAAAUGACACCUGUAUAGUUCUGGGACAGCAAGAAUUCUACAUACUCAAUUUGGAUUCCAUUUCCUUCUGCCACUUGCUUUUAGGCAAUUGAGUGUGGGUAGUGACAAGAUAUCAAACCCCUUAGUGUUUCCUUUUUGGGAAAUGAGGCACUUUUUAAAAAACAAAAACAAAAACUUAUCCACCUGAGUCCUGAAACAGUUGGUCUCUCCAGUUUUUUGGCCUCCACUCUAGUUAGCUCUGAUCCAAGUUUACAGGACAACAAGCCUUGCUUUAAGCCAUGUUCUGUUGUGGGCAAGAUAACAGCAGCUGAGCUGUCAUAGCCUGGGAGCAGGCUGGUCGCACCCCCAAGGUGUCUUGGCUGGAGGAGAUUUCUGAGCAGCUGAUGUGACUUUGGUCAUUAGGAAGCCUUUGAGGCCUUUUUAAAUUUUCGGUGGGGGGUCUGGGGGUGGGGAAGAAACAUAAAAUGCCACUUUAUAACUUCAAUAAUAGCCUGUAAUUUAUAUUUAUUGUGUGAAUUUUUAGUCCUAUAUUUUAAUAAUUUGUAAAUUGAUCUCUUAUUCCAAGAAUCCUUUGAACUUGCCGGAGAACAUCUGGGAAUCCAGUCCCCUGUCCCCAUCCCUGCAUUCUGGACUGUUUAAUCCACUUUGGGAUGGAUCAAAGAGUCUAGAGAGACCACUCAUAGGUCCAGCUGCUGGCCUCCAGACUCUAAAGCCUUCACUGGAAUUGGGACAUUAGCUCCAGCUCUAGCUGUGAACAUGACCAGAGACAUUAUUUAUAAUUCAGCCAUUUAAGAUAUACCUGUACUCAAAAAGUCCUGUAUAUUUUUUAAAAGUUUUAUUUUUCAGGUGAACAAAAAUACAUUCUAAGAACUCUGCAUAA